AUGCAAAAUAUAAUUGAUGACAUCUAUUAUAUUAUUUAUAAUAUCAGAGACCCAGAAAUACCAUAGACAUUAGGAUAAUUGGAUGUAAUUUAAAAAGAAUUUAUCAAUAUUGAAGGCUCUAGAAUAACUAUCUAUUGGAAGCCUACUGUGAAGCAUUGUUCAUUUGCUUUAUAAAUUGCACUUUCCAUUAGAGUUAAGCUUUCUCAAGAAUUAUUAAAGUAAUUGUUAUAUUCAUUAAUAAAGUUAUAAAUCAUAUAAAAUACAUAUCAUAGUAAAGGAUAAUCUUCAUAAUCAAAAAUCUUAAAUAGACAAAUAAGUUAAUGAUAAAGAACGAUAUUUAGCAGCUAUGGAAAAUGAAUAUUUAAUGAAUUUCAUAAAUUAAUUAAUUAAUUGA